AGAAUUAUUAAUUCUAGGAAUGAGUGGUUAUUAAAAAGAAAAUAUUCAAUUAUUAGUCUACAUCCAGAAAUUCACAAGCCUUCAAACGGGCGUAUAUCACUGUUGUCCUUGACUUGACCGAGUCCCUUGCCGUGAUGAAAUUAAUAGGAUAAGUAUCGUUGGAUCUCAAUGUUGGUGAUGGUAGCUGGUAAAUUCAGUUGGCAAUUGUCUUUGAUUGACGUCAAUUACGUUAUUGCCCGCGUGUGUGCCCAUAUGUUUGUUGUGUGGAGGUGCGGAAGGUGUUAUGUUAGCAGUUGCGAUGAUAACGAUUGUUUUGAAAGUUUGAUGGUUACAUCUUAUGUGAAAUGCAAGAAUUGCUUCUUUUGGUCAAGAUGUUUAACUCUACGGACUCUAAAUUAAUGUGACUGUCCGAAUUGUGUGGCACUCGACUGAACAUAUCGAAAGACAAUAUUGAAAUACAUCCUUUUCUUGUCUGAAUUUAAUGAGUGUUAAUCAUUUAUUGCCAUGGCUUCUUCCAGUCAUCCUCCUGGCACAACUGUCCAAGAAUUCUCCAUCAGAGUCCCAAAAAAUGCAAAGAAGACGUAUAAAGUCAUGCGUUUUAAUUCAUCAGUCAAUGUGGAUUUCCAAAAAUGGAGUCAAGUGAAAAUGGAACGUGAAAACAACCUUAAAGAAUUCAGAGGAAAUGAUGAAGAUCAGCCUAGAUAUGGAGCAGGAAGUGAAUUUGGACGAGAAGCCAGAGAGGAAGCUCGUCGGAAGAAGUACGGCAUUGUUAGUAAAAAAUAUCGUGCCGAGGACCAGCCGUGGAUUUUGAAAGUUGGAGGGAAAACUGGAAAGAAGUUUAAAGGCACACGUGAGGGUGGUGUAGCUGAAAACGCUGCCUAUUAUGUUUUCACACAUGCCCCAGAUGGUGCUAUUGAGGCAUAUCCUCUUCAAGAAUGGUAUAAUUUCCAACCUACUCAGCGUUACAAAGCUCUUUCUGCAGAGGAAGCGGAACAAGAAUUUGGGAGGAGGAACAAGCAAGUGAACUACUUUUCACUUAUGAUGAGGAAAAGGUUGCGUGGUGAAAAUGAAGAAGAAACUGAAGAAGGAGAGGAAACAAAAGUGAAAGGGAAAUCAAAAGGAAAGAAGGGAGAUCUGAAGAUAUCCGAGAUGGAUGAUUGGGAUGAUUCAUCUGAAAGUACAGAGUCUGAGGAAGAAAACAAAGAACAAGACCAAGAGAAGAAAGAAAAAGACAAAAAGAAAAACAAAGAGACUAAUGCAAAAAAGAAGAAGAAACGGGAUCCUGAUGAUGAAGCGUUUGAAGAAAGCGAUGAUGGUGAUGAGGAAGGAAGAGAGGUAGAUUACAUAUCUGAUUCAUCUGAAAGUGCAUCAGAUCAUGAAACUAAAGCAACCAAGGAACUGAAAGGGGUGGAGGAAGAAGAUGCUCUUCGGAAGUUACUCUCUUCAGGUGAAGAAGAUGAGGAAGAGGAAGAGAAACCAAAGGAGGAGGAGAAGGAUGAAGAGCCUGAAGAGAAAACAAAAGGUGAUCUGCCAAUUCUUAUGAAUGAGGAGAAUGACAAGAAGAGCAAGAAGAAAACAAAGGAUGCUAGUAUCAACAGCCACAAAAAGAAGAAGACCGAUAAUAAUGCUAGCAAUAGUCAACCCCAGAAUCCUGACUCUUCUUCUGAGAUGAGUUCAGAUUCUACUGAUAGUGACAAUGAGCAAAAGAAGAAAAAUGGAGGGAAAACAAUCAAAGAAACAAGUAGUGCUGCAAGCUCACGCUCUGCAACUCCCACCAAAGACAAGGACCUUUUGCCUGGUGCAUCUGGUGAAAGUCGCAAAAGGAAGGUAGCCCCAAUCCUUGAUUUUAGUGCCAACAAAAAGAAUCCUUUGGAUAAUUUUGCGACAGCUGUUGUUCCUCCUCUGAUUGGAACUGGGGAAUCUGGUAUUUCAGAAGAUGCAGUUCGUCGAUACUUGAUGCGUAAACCUAUGACCACCACUGAGCUACUCCAAAAGUUUAAAACAAAGAAAACUGGCUUGACUUCAGAACAGCUUGUCAAUAUAAUGACUCAAAUUCUAAAGCGAAUCAAUCCAGUAAAGCAAACCAUCAAAGGAAAAAUGUAUUUAUCCAUCAAAGCUGAAGGUACUGAAUUUCCAUUUGACGAUACAGUUAAUUAAAUGUAUAUUAAUUGUUUUAUUGAAUAUUUUGUCAAGUGUUAAAGUAAAUUGAUCAACUGAGAUGUUGGUCAGGUUCUGGAAGAGUUAUUUGCAUCAUUUCCAGUACAGUAUUUUGUUGUACAUGUAGACUUUUACUGGAUAAAAGUAUUUGGAGAGGAAGUUGGUAAAGAAACUAUAUUUUUGUGUGGGAAUAAUGAAAAAUUUUGUGAUCUUUAAGAAAUAUGUUUGUAAUUUAUAUACAUAUUAAUUGAUAAAAUAAACUUCUAGGAGCACAGAGCUGUGCUCAUUCAAUGUGAUAACAAAUGAGCAUUGUUUCACAAGUCAAAGAAAGACAAUUGAAAGUUCCUAUUAUAUUUUGUAAAAUCUUUCAUAGUUGUGUUUAUUAGUUGAGUAACCACUAGAUUAUGAUGAGAUUUGCAGUUUGUAUAUCUUUAUGAUGACACAAAAUAGACUUCUGAUUGUCCAUUGCUGUUUCUUGAUGACUUAAUGUAAAUUAAUUUCAUAGUGUACAAAUUGUAUACAUAGUGUACAAAUAGAAUAACAUAUCCAGUCUAUCAUCUAUUAAUGAAGAAAAAAAAAGAAAAGAAAAAAAAAACUCAAAAAUAUUUUGAUAAAUGAUAUUUAUGUCACUUAAUGUAAAUUUUGGAAAAAUAAGUGAAAACUUUACUCAGUUACAUUGAUUGGGUUAAAUGUACAGAAAUAGUCAUAUCUGUAUCCAUCCGUAUCCACCAGAGUGGUUGCCAGAAAUUGAUGUCUGAAAUUUUUGAUCAAACCCCUCAUUUUAUCUUGAAUCUUCAUUUUUUGUUUUGUGCCAAUAUUUCAGCCCAUAAACUAUUUUAAUCAACGAACAUUUUUGUUGCAAAAAUGCUGUUAACAUAUGUCAUGAUAUUAAGGAAAGAAAUUGCAGGGGCAAUCAUUUAUCGUAUGUGGCUUUCUAAAGCACAAGACAGUUUAUACAGGAAUUUUGUUAAAUAUAUCAUGUAUACUGUGAAUUUUAAAAUUGUUUUUAAAAGGAUAAAUUUUCAUGACUGGUCCAUGGAAAAAAAACUUCAAUUUAUUUGUUUGCCGAGUAAGUUAUUGUGAGGGGAGAGGAAACAAGGCUAUAAACCAAUCUAAUUGUAUAGCACUCUUUUAAUUAUUCAGAAAAAUGGCUUUCUUUUUAAUAUAUUCAGGAUUUAAUACAUUGAAUAACAUGCCUCAUGUUAUUCAAUCAACCUAAAAGGCAACAAUUGUCUAUAUUUAAGGGGGUUCCCUUCACAGAAAUAUCAGACUGAUGUUUUUGGGUAUUCUAAAAUUACUUAUUACUAGGCUUUGGAUUUUUAGGUUAGAAAGUCUUCCAAUGUAGAUGCCUAGAAUAGACUCAGUGGGUGAAAGUAGGUCUUAUAAUUUCUUAAAUAUGCAGUAUAAAGAAGAUGAAAACAACUUUUCAGAUGACUUGUACUUCAGGAGUGUAUUUUAUUAGCACUUUUGGUGGCACAUUUUGUUACAUGAAAUGAGGAAGGCGUGAGAAAAUGUAGUGUGUACUAUUUUUAUUCAUACCAAGAAAUGCAAUUCAGUAUUCUGACUAUAAAUAAAUAUUGCUGAAGUUUAAUGAAAUUAAUGCUUGCAUACCAGUGUGAGCUAUAUAGUCGAAAUAAGGCUUGUCAACAAUUCAAUUAGCUUACAUCACAGGCGAAUGCUGUCAUUCUGUUUAAAUUUUGGCAUUUGAGAACUUAAAUGGCCUUCUCUCAAUGAAAUUCACUCCUAGAUUGAGGGCAAGGGAAGACGUGUCAGGAUGACAAGAAUCACAAGGAUCACAGAGGAAGAUGGAGUGUAUUAAGUUGAGACUGGUAAGGAGCACUGCAAGUUUGUUGUUGUUCUGAGUUCAGCAAUAACACUGUCGUGUUUGCAGAUGAUUAGAUGAUGAAUCACUGGUAAAUAGCCAAGAUAUUAAAAAAAUCUACAAGCAUUCUUAGGCACUAUUAAUGUAGUUCUGUAUUAUUAUACAGUCAGGGAGUGUUUAUAAUGAAUUUUGAUUGUGUAUGUCAGAAUAGUAAAAUAGGAAUUUACUUAAAAAUCCAAUGUCUAAUUAUUAAGUGUAGUAAUAGAUGGUUCAUUAUUGCAGAAUUGGUUAUUAAGCUGUAUAUUGUUUUGCAGUCAAGUAUCUUCAAGUACCUUAUAUUCAAGUCUUCAAGUACCUUACAUUUUGCUAAUGUGAUUAAUAUCUAUUUUGAACUUUUGAAGGUGCAAAAAGGGUCUGAUGAAAAUUAUUAGUCAGUGAAAUUAAAUAAGUAUUAAUGAAUUAGCUUUUACGUUGUUGGAAAAUUGAAAAAAAUGAACUUUAAUGUUUGACUUUUGUUAAUAAUAAAAAAGACUUUAGCAAGUUCUCAGUAUGUUCAGGACUUGAAUUUUGAAGCAGCUCAGUAUACAAAAUUUAGGUGGCAUUGUAAAAAAUUGAUGAAAUUGUAAGAAUAUAUAUACUAAUUUUGAAUGUCUUGGUAAUUGUUUAAAAAAGUAAUGUAGUGUAAAAUGUGUUGUAGUUAUUUUUGUUUUACUGUGUAAAAUCAAUACAUGUGGUUGUGCAUAUUAAUGUGGUUGUACUUGUAAUAUUACAGCAUUCCUUUUGCUCAUUGUAGAAGCAAGUUAUCCCCGUAGAAUAACUUUUUGUUUGUUGUUCUCAGGGCCAUCACGUUGAAGAACAG